AUGUCCAAAAUCCUUCGCUACUACUAUGACCUAAUGUCCCAGCCGAGCCGGGCCCUCUACAUCUUCCUGGAGAAGACCAAAAUUCCGUACGAGCGCUGUCUGGUGAACCUGGGCAAAGGCGAACACUUGACCGACGAGUUCAAAGCGGUCAACCGCUUCCAGAAGGUCCCGUGCAUCGUCGACAAGGGCGGCGACCUCAAGCUGGCGGAAAGUGUGGCCAUUUUGCGCUAUCUGGCGCGGGAAUAUCCGGCGGUGGCGGACCACUGGUACCCCAAGGAUUCACGGCUGAGGGCACGCGUUGACGAGUACAUGUCCUGGCAGCAGCACAACACGCGGGCCACCUGUGCGAUCUACUUCCAGUACGUGUGGCUGCGGCCACGUAUGAUGGGAACCAAGGUCAAUCCGGAGCGGGAGGAGCAGCUGCGGGGCCAGAUGGAGACUUGUUUGGACUUUAUCGAGCAGGAUUAUCUGGGGAAGGGGGAGAAGUUUCUGGUUGGGGAUCAGAUCUCCGUGGCGGAUCUGUUGGCGGCUUGUGAAAUCGAGCAACCCAAAAUGGCCGGAUUCGACCCGUGCGCUGGACGACCCAAUCUGACGGCCUGGAUGGCACGAGUUCGAGAGGAAACCAAUCCGUACUACGAUCAGGCCCACAAGCUGGUCUACAAGAUUGCACCGGCCAGCGUUCCAAAGCCGAAACUUUGAGUGUUGUUUUUAUUAAACGAGAUUUAACUUUU